GAUAACCUGAUCUCAGGGAAACUUUCUUCCUAACCCCCAUUCUUCAGAGGGCAGCUUAUGCCCUGAAGCAUGGGGGUUUCCAUCUCUUCCCAACCGUGUUUUGGUUCUUUGAUGCCUUACUUAUAACUUGGGCUAGUCGUGUUAGCUUGAGCUGUGUACAGACCUUUCCUGACCAACGUGCUGCCGGCAGGUCCCUCUAACUGCACUGAUAUGAUGGACAGGGACUGUCCAUGCACCUGCCCCCUUGACCCUGGGAGCUGGGAUCUCCUGGUGGGAAGGCAGCCUCAUUAGCAACCAGUUAACAGCAGCCAGGAGCUAGGGUGACCAGAUGUCCCGAUUUUGGGGUCCUUUUCUUAUAGGCUCCUAUUACGCUCCCCCCAUUCCCAUUUUUCACACUUGCUGUCUGGUCACCCUACCAGGAGCAGAGGGAGGGGGGCUGUAUAUCUAAAACUGUCCCCCCUCUCAGCGCGUUUACACUCCAAGCCCCUGUGCUUUGCCCUGCUCUUUGCACCCCGGGCCUCGUCCCCGGCCCUGCGCUUUGCCGCCCCAGCAGCGACCCAGCUCGCGCCUCGCUCCCUGCAGCCCGCGCGCGCGCGCGCAGCGCCUUUAAGAGCCCGCGCGCCUGCGCCCUCCUCCUUCUUUUUUUCUUAGCAACCGCCGCUGGGGAGACCCUGGUAACGGUGCACGGGUGAAGGGGCGAAGGAGAGGAGGGAGGUCACGUGCUGUCGCGCGGCCGGAGAGCGAGCGCGAGCGUGCGCGAGCCGGUGAAGCCCUAGUGGCGGCGGCGGCGGCCUGAGAAGGGGGAGGGAAGGAGGGAGAAGCGGGCGGGAUUAUUAUGGGCUGUGGGUGCUGCUGCUGAGCAAAGAUGGAGCUGUCUGCAGUGGGGGAGCGAGUGUUCGCGGCCGAAUCCAUCAUCAAGCGGCGGAUCCGAAAGGGGCGCAUCGAGUACCUGGUGAAAUGGAAAGGCUGGGCCAUCAAGUACAGCACUUGGGAACCUGAAGAGAACAUCCUGGACUCCCGACUUAUUGCAGCCUUUGAGCAGAAGGAACGAGAGCGUGAGCUGUAUGGGCCCAAGAAGAGAGGACCCAAGCCUAAAACUUUCCUCCUGAAGGCUCGGGCCCAGGCGGAGGCCCUUCACAUUGGGGAUGUACACUUCUCUGUCAAGCCUGGCUCUAGCACCUCCUCGCCCAAGCUGCACUCCAGCGCCGCAGUGCACCGGCUCAAGAAAGACAUCCGGCGAUGCCAUCGCAUGUCCCGGCGCCCCUUGCCCCGCCCAGACCCCCAGAACAGCGGGGGUAUGGGCGGGGGGGCUGGCAUACGUCCUCCAGUCUCGCCCUUCUCCGAGACUGUCCGCAUCAUCAACCGCAAGGUGAAGCCUCGUGAGCCCAAACGCAGCCGCAUCAUCCUCAACCUCAAGGUUAUUGACAAGGGCGGAAAGGCCACAAGUGGAGGAGGGGGCCUGGCCCGGCCAAAGAUCCCCUCACGAAACCGUGUCAUUGGCAAGAGUAAGAAGUUCAGCGAGAGCAUCCUCCGCACCCAGAUCCGCCACAUGAAGUUCGGCACCUUCUCGCUGUACAACAAGCCGUCCGCUGCACCGGCCACAUCUCUGGAGGGCAAGAUGGAGGCAGGGGGCUCACAAGGUGCCUCCUGCGGGCUGAUCAUGGGCUCCACCCCUUACGAUGCCCGCAGCUCCAGCUCCUCAGGCUGCCCCUCUCCUACCCCUCACUCCUCCUCCGACCCAGACGAUUCUCCCCCAAAGCUGCUUCCCGAGACCCUAAGCCCUGCCAUCCCUGACUGGCGCGAGUCGGAGGUCCUGGACCUGUCGAUCCCACCAGAAUCAGCAGCCACCAGCAAGCGCUCUCCCCCUGGGGGAUGUGCUGGGGGCCAGACACCCUCAUCGUCCCUCUCCUCUUCUGACCCAGAGCAGGAGGCUGGCGACUGGCGCCCCGAGAUGUCCCCCUGCUCCAACGUGGUGGUCACGGAUGUCACCAGCAAUCUCCUGACCGUCACCAUCAAGGAGUUCUGCAACGCAGAGGAUUUUGAGAAGGUGGCAGCGGGUGGAGGAGGCAGCAAAUCUUCCAGUCUGCUCAGCUUUGUUGGGCCUGUCACUUCCAGCCUGGAUCUUCCUCCUCGUGUUCAUCAUUUGCACUUGCUCGAGUAUGAGACAUGCUGUACCCUUCCUAAGCCUUUUCUAAUGGAAGUGGGAAAGCCACACAUCCGUCCAUCAAUUCAGGAGGAGCAAUGGCUUGGCAUGACAUUACCCCAGCCAGAUGAGGUCAGCAAGUCUUACCUCCCAGGGAAAAUAUAAGCCUCCUUGGCUCCACUGAAUCGCUUUACAGGCCUUGUGUGUGCGAAGGAAGAUCUGCUACUCUUCCUGCUCGGUUUCAUCUCUUUCUGGUGGGUGGGUUGGAGAGAGUUCGCCACAACCAUUUCCAGGAUCUGAAAUUGCCUCUACAAUUGUCAACCAAAGGUGCUAAGAACCUGUUGUAAGAAUUACCGUGUCUUACAUUUAGUGUGUGUGUGUGUGUGUGUGUGCGCGCCUGCCUGCCUCUCCUUCCCCUGCCCCCCUUACCCCACCCCCAACUCCUUGGUUUUACAUGUUCAGUGUGAAAUUGGAUCUGGAAUGGCCCCCACCCUCUGUAAUUGGAAGCAGGCAAUGAUGUGGCUUUCUCCACUUCCCUGAGACAUGCUCUUAAUGUCCUAGGUGCAAAAGCGCUCUUUGCCAUUCCAUGGCUUGUUUGAUUCUAUGUCAGUGCUGAGCUUUGUGGCUAGAUACCCCUCCCUCACUUCCCCACUCCACUGUUGCUGAAUCUGUGAAACACUGAGGUGUGGGGAAGAGAGGCUGAUACAUUCAGUCUAAAUUAGUGUUGCAGUGAGUGUCUGCGUUGAUUCCAUGACCAUGGGGAAAAAUGGGUGGGGGGGGGGGGAUGUUGCCUGUUGUGGGUUCCAUAAUUAAUAAAUAUGCCUACAGGUGUGUGUGUACUGGGUGGAGGAGAGAGGAACUCAGCUCUAAGGAUCUCUCUCACACACACACACACACACACACACACACACACACACACACACACAAUAACUAAAUUGGGUGGAAUUCACCCCUUUUGUGGUUUUGCCUGCAGACACCCUGGAUUUGAAGGGUAUGUCUACACUACAAGCACUACGGCUGCUGCUACGCCACUGUAGCAUAGACACUUGCUACAGUGAUAGAAGGGGCUUUUCUGUCGGUGUAAAACCACCGCUUCAAGAGGCGGUGCUUGGUUGACAGAAGAAAUUCUUUCACUGACCUGGCUGCGCCUACAGUGGGGUUUAGGUUGACCUAAGUACAUUGCACAGGGCACAUCAUUUUUCACAGCCUUAAGCAAUGUGUGGCUAGUUCGAUCUAAUUUUUAGGUGUAGACCAGCCUUAUAACUCACCUACUGCAAAAUAAAUGUCCACACAGAGACUUGCAUCAAAAUUUUAAAAAGGUGUGAAUUCAAAAUUCCAGUUUGUGUGUAGCCAAUCUGAGAGAUGAUCCCACUUGUGGUUAGUUGUAUUCCCACACAACCACAACCCCUCUCCCCCCCCCACAAAACUGCCCAUCCUUUGUGGGUUUUUUAAACAAAACUUUUAAAAUCCAGCAGAAUAUUUCAAAACCAGUUACAGGGUGGGGGAGACUUCCCCAUUCAUUCAUCAGUCCAAGGCUUCCUGUAAUUUGUUGGAUAUGUAUGUGUGUAUGUGAAUUAAUACCUGCCUGUUGUCUUUGCUUUGUUUUGCAUCUUUCCUUCACCUUGCGCAUGCAGGGUUCUCUUAUUUCAUGGUAACUUAUUCUAAUGGCUGCAGCUUCAGAAACAAGCAGGUUGGGGAGAUGUUGGAGAUCUAUAAUGGAAGAAUAACAAGGAGACUUGUUGUGUUAGAGAGACGAUUUUUAAAAGGAAUUAAUUUAUGAGGCUGCAAGAUAAGAGGAACUAUUUUACAAAGUAGAUGCAUGCCAGCCAGUCACUUUUAUUUUUAGGUUGCUUGGUUACUCUUGGCGUGUAUGUGAUGGCGUUCUUGUUUCGUGGUAAUAAAGUUCAGAAAUAUUUGAAAAGUUUAAGUGGGAGAAAAAAGGGAACUUUAAUAGGAAACUCUGGACAUGUUUUAGCCAAGAAAUGUUUACUUGGCAGAGGUUCCCCCCCCCCCCCCCGAUGUCUGUUUGGUGUUCCUGGAUUUUUUUCAUAAUGAGGGGUUUUCGCCUUCCUCUGGAGCAUUGGCAAGAGGAUUGCAUGGGGGCUUGGUGACCCUUCUUCCUGGAAUUAUAAAGAGGGGAGAGGAGCACUGGGCUUUGGAGGAACUCAUAUCAUAGAUCAUCUCUCUGUAGGAAGGAAGUGCAAUCCAGUCAGGGGAAGUAGCUUGACUGCUUGUGUCACCACUCUCCUGGGUGGGUCACCUGUGGGGAUUGAACCCUGAACCUCUGGAUCUAAAAGCAUGAGUCUCUAUUGCUUGAGCUAAAGACCAGGCAGUAGUAGUCUCAUAAAUCUUUGUGUGGUCCAGCCACUAGAGGCUGACAAAACUCCACACUGGUAUGAAUGUGGGUUAUGCUCACCUUCCAUCUCUGAUUUAUUUUUUACUCCCUCCCUACUGGAAGAUAAAAGGGAGGUCCCAUCCAUGCUUUCAGAGAGGGCAUAGGAUUGGAGGGAGUAUUCAAAAGCAUUCCCCCCCAAACCAGGGAAACAGUCUUUGUCUGUGCCAUGUUUAUUCUCUUGUUGUUGUGUUUUUAGAGGAGAUUUUAUGAUGGAAAGUGGAAAAAGUGAAAUGAAUAGUUUUGCAAAAAAAAAAAAAAGAAAAGAAAAGAAAAAAGAAAAGUUUUUAAAAAAUGAAAUUUCUAUGGGGGAGAGAGUUUAAAAAUGAAUAAUAAAUGCAGUGAUUGCACAAACUAGUGGUAUUAGAUGGGUCUUAGAGAAAGGAGUAUUUUGUAGUGUUGAAGUGUGUGUCUGGGAUGGUAUUUGGCUCACUUGAACUGGAGGAGGGUGUCCUUGGGGUAACCAACAAUUUCUGAUUUGAAGAGGCAAGUCCUGUUUUGGAGAAAACCCAUAUAAUUUACCCUUCUCUUCCCCACCUCCCCAAAUGUUGGAGUGGGUUCCAUCCAACAGCACUACCAUUCCCCUUCCCCACCCCCUCUCCAGAAAUUAGAUGGAGGCUUUGUAUUUUUCUUCCCUUCACAGGUACAGUGGUGCCAAAGUUGUUGCAGAAUGGUAAAUCCUGACCUGAUGGGGUCUGGGCCAGGCUGGUAAAAUGGAAAUGGCACGUGAGUGGAGCUGCUGAGAUCUCAGAUUGGCUUUCACCUUUCUUGCCAGAUAACCACCCCAAGAGCAGAAUAAAUGCUCACUUAGAACAAGGCAGAGCUCCCUUCCUUGUCUUAUCAGCUCACUGAUUUCAAUGCUUAGUGGAAAUGAUAUUUUAAAUACAGAAUUUGCCACAGCAGAACCCGAUGUAGCCCAGUCUAGUUUGGUAUCCCACCUCUGGCAAUGGCCACUACUAGAUCUUCAGAGGAAGGCAGAAACCCCGACAUGUACCUGAAGUUUUGGACAAGUGGGGAGCACCCUCUCCUUGGGAAGGCCGGGGUGUAUCAAGUGCAUGUUGGGGUAAGAGCCAGGGUGGCAUUGGUGGGCUUUUACUAGAGCAGGAUUGUAUUCUUCUGGACUGGGUGGGGGUGUGUGUGAAUGUCCCAUAAUGAUGGAGGGAGCUUUCCCAGCCAAGGCUGCACUGUGUCUCUUUGCUGCAUAUUGUUCAUCUGCUGUGUUGGGGUGACUGUAGGAAAGAGGAUGGGAACCAGACAUUGGCAUCUGAAUGUAAUAAGUUACUAGAUAUGGGACUCUAAGAUUUCUGUCAUGUCAGGGUCUCCUCUGUGCAUUUUGGGUAAAAACAAAACAAAACAAAACUGUAUCUCCUCUGUGCUGUUCUUGGGAACUCAUUUUCUCCACUCUUCACCCCUGAGCUCUGCCAGUGCUCCUCUGUCCAGACCUACAGCUUCAGUCCUGAACUGAGCAUAUAUACUAAUCUUCCGCCUUUGCCCAGCACGCCGUUCUGGUCUUUCUGACUGAAGCUAGCAUAUGGGCAUGGAGCUGACAAGGAUACAAAGCCUUUGCAGGGAUGGGAGGAUGUAUGUAGGCCCAGUGGGGAGUUCUGCCUUCUAAUCUUAGGUGAGCCACUAACUUGCUGUGUAUUUUCAGGGAGUGGGGGAGUGUCUCCGCAUCUCCUGUACUUCAGUCACCCUUCUCCUCCCACCCCAGCUGGGAUGGAGGUAAGGUACCCUCCCUCCUUUACCAAAUGGGUACUGUCUGAGCUGAGUCUUCCUGGGGAGUUAAAUCCCUUUCAUCGCCUCUGCUGUUAAGGGAAGUUUCAGGCGCUUUGCAAUAUUCCCAACAGUCAGUCUAACUUCCUUCAUGGACCUGACAGUACUGGGGAUGGAGAGUGGGAACUCCCUGUGGAUAUCCAAGCUAAAGCACAGGCUGGGGUGGGGAGCAGCAGUGCUGGCAGGGAGUCAUUCCCCCGCCCUCCACACCACAUCAACAGUGGCAUCUGUGGAUGUGGUAUGGGGGGGGGGGGAGGAAAAGGUAUUGUAGCCAACUGGGUGGCCCUUCUCGCCACCAAGAAUGGGUGUCUGGCUAAGUCCUCCAUGUCCCUUUGGAGGAGUUCUUGUCCGUCCCCCACCCCUGCACCUCUAACUCUGAGGCCUUGCACUGUUUGGCCUGGUGUAUCCUUUGCUCCAGUGUUGCUUGCUUUGCUGCUUUUUGGAUUGCCCAAUAAUCAUGCAAGAGCUGGGAUCUUAUUUACUUUUUAUAUGAAUAUAUCUAUAUAUAUAUAAAAGAAUCCCCCACAUAAUCCGUCCCAAUCCUUGUAUCAAACGUAUCAUAGUUCAGAGGGUUGCUCUUGGGGCUGGGAGCUAGGCAUUCCUGGGUUCUUUUGAUUUCCUGUGACCUUGUGCAAGUUGCUUCUCUGUCCUUUGCCUCCGUUCCCGUCUGUACCGUGGGGACAAUGCCCAGAGGAUGCUGGGAGGCUAAAUUUAGUAAUGUGCAUAUAGAGCUAUAGAAGGGCUGAGUAUUGCUUCAGAACCAACUCAUUUCUUCCCAGAUAUUUUAUAAAUUCCUUGCAUUGUCACUCUGGCUUUGAACGAGGGAGCGUUUUGGCCCUCCUCCAAAAGUCCAGUGUGUACAUUUCUGAGGAGCAGAAUCUCUCAUCUCCUCGUCCCCACCCUUAUUUUUUCAAUUGCUACGUAACCUCCCCAGGUCAAUUAUCCAACAUCAGAUCUGGGCAUCCCUGCUGCUUCUAGUCGCCCCUCCCCCACAGUGAGGCAGUUGUGUUGACACUGUGGUCAUAUAUGCUCAUUAUAACAUGCUAUACACUUCCAGGGUUGCGAUGGCCCUCAUUGGUUUACAAGCAGUGGGGACUUGCUGGUUCCUUUCCCCCUCUUCCCCUCCUCCCCUGCCCAACAUCUCAGUCAGGUAACAAAGGAAGAUACCAGUUUUUCCAGGGUUGUACCUCUAGCAGUUCUUUUGUCCUUCCCACCUUCUGCUGCCUAGCACAGAAUGAAACCCUACAGGACCGUCCAAAGUUCUGUCUUAGAUGCAGAACUGCAUCCAAGACAUGCUUUCCACCCUAACAGGACACCUCCAUCUGUUAGGGAUGUUCCACUCAUGUCCCUCAAGGGGGUGCUGUCUGGGAUCUUCUGCAGAGACAGCAUGUUCAGUCUUGGGGGGGGGGGGGGUGGAGUUGCCCCACUUUUGAGAUAUGAUUGCAACUGGGGAAAUAGUGUGAAAAAGGCAGAGGAAAGAGACAGGGUGAUACCCCAAAGGAGAGUAUCGGUAAGAGAAAUCAGAGUAAUGUGGUCUUAAAUAUUGGCAGUGGUGGGUGAUUCAAGAGAGAUUAAUUUCAUGGAGGGGGCAAUGGCAGGUUAAGUAGUUUAAACAUUAAUCCCUAUAUUAACUAAAACCCCAUGAUGCCCUGAUUCAGCAAAGCAUUGAAGCACAUGCUUAAAUCCAUCCCUGUUCAGCAAAGCACUUAAAGCAUGCACAAAACUUUAAAGCAGGUGGUUAUGGAUCUAAGUACUUUUCUGAAUUGGGGCCUCCUACAGGAAACGUAUCUGUUUAAAUCCAAGUACAUUUUCCCCAUUAUUGCAGUUUUCUGCUUUGCACUUCUGCUAGGACAGUGAAAAUAGCUUGGUCAGUAUCACUUCCUGGUUCCCCAGGAGUAGCCCUGACUCUUCCAGUGCAGCAGGGGCAGAUGGGUUUCCUUGCUGUGGGGGGAGGAAACUUCAUUCAAGUUCUGAAAGUAAAUCAAUCAAUCUACCAUUAUAUUUUUUAAAAUCUACAUUUUGGAGCUAAACUACUUGCCAUGCCCCCCCUUCCCUUCUUAACAGUUCAGGAUUCUCUUUUUUUUUUUUUUAAAUGUUGGGUGGAAAAUUGCAAGGUGGUGGUGGGAAAUCUGGGCUUGCCCAUCUGCCUCUUCCCUCCACCUCCCCAGGUGCCAAGCUGAGGCCCAGACCCUGCAAACUUAUGCAAGUACUUAACUUUAAGCAGGCAAGUAGUUCCCCUGAGGUCUAAAGGUACUUGGGUGCUUCAAGCUAAGCAUGUGCAUAAGUCUUUGCAGGAUAAGGGCUUUACUCUUUAUCCCAGAGAGAGAUUUUGAUGUAAUUUCUAUAAUGGUGAUGGUCCUGAUGCAACCCAUGUACCCUUCCUACCCACCCCACACUUGGCAUACAGGGUAUGGCUACCCUCUAAGCUGGUUGUGUGAUCCCAGUUCGAGGAGACAUUCACACUACUACUUAUUGAGCUAAUGCACUAAAAACAGAGUGUAACUGUGACAGUGCGAACUGUGGGACAGGUCAGCCACUCUGCGGUCUCAGACGGGCAUGUACUUGGGGCAACUAGCCCAUCCUGCGGCUUGUGCCGCUAUGGCUGCAUUCUAUUUUUAGUAUGCAAGCUCAAUGAGAGCUGGGGUAAGUAUGUCCCCUCAAGCUGGGAAUCACACACCCGCAGCCAACUGGAGACAUACCCAGAGAGGGGAGGUGGUGACUCUUUUUAAUUUAAAAUAAACUUAAAUAUCUUGUAACUUUUUUAUUUUGAAAAAUGCAUUUAAUUAAAGAAUCAUGCACGAAUGAAUUGUAUAUCUAUAUAUUUUUUUGUCUUGUAAUUUUCAUUUUUAAAUAUAGUGUUUGCGUUUGCUUAUUUUAAUCCAGUUCCCAGCUGGCUAAACUCUGUCUAGAGUGGAUGGAUGGGAUGCGGGGUGGGGCGAUAGGAUCCCCCUCCUAUUGGCAUUUCCAGCGGAAAAAUGGUUUGCUCUGGAUUUGGGGGCGGUUUGUGCUAAUUACUCUUGUAUUCUUGUACAUUUUGUUCUUUCUGCUGCUCUUGAGUAUUGUAUCGAUGCCAGAAAUGGGGAGUUAAAGAAAAAUAUUAACCCCAAUAAAUAGUUACAUUCCAAAGCC